GCCUGGGAGGGGCAGGCGGGCGCCGCGCGUGCGCAGAGGUGUGGCCGGGAAGGUGCGCCGAGGCUGGAGUUGGAGGCGCGGCACCUGGGAGGUGCAGAGAUUUGAGGCAGUCCUGCUGUUCAGUUCACAUUAUCAUCAACAAGGCCUUUAUCAUUUUAUCUUUUUUUCCUUCAUUCCAAUUCCCAGUCAUGUUACUUCCCUCUUCCUUCAGUAGCCACUCUAAUGUGUUUGAUACAUGUCCUUGGAUAUACAUGUAUCUUUGAAUAAUAUAUAGUAUUGUUUUGUAUAUGUAUGUGUUUUAAAUGUACAUAUUUGAUAUUGUGUUAUAGAAAUCAUUGUUUCUGUUUCAUGUUUCUGUAAAUACUUCUAUUGCAUAGUAUAGUCUUAAAUGACCUCACACCCUUGGCCACUGGUCCUGGGCCUAGAUGGGCCAAUCAGAGUCCCUACCCAGAAUUUUUUUAACUGAAACUAAGAAAAAAAGAAAAUCCCUCUCCAGUUUGGAAGCCGUAAAAUGUAAAACACAGGAGCUGUCAGCAGCCAUGUGUCCUGCCAUGCGGAACCAGCUGGUCUGCAGUGAAAAGAAUGAAGCCGACAUGCAGAAAGCAGCAGAGAACCAUGUGUGAUCAGUACUGCAUCUCCUUUGCUGAUGUUGAAAAAGCACAUGUCAACAUUCGAGAUUUUAUCCACCUCACACCAGUGCUAACAAGCUCCAUUUUGAAUCAAGUAACAGGGCGCAAUCUUUUCUUCAAAUGCGAACUCUUCCAGAAAACUGGAUCUUUUAAGAUUCGUGGUGCCCUUAAUGCAAUCAGAGGCUUGAUUUCUGCCACUUCAGAAGAGAAGCCCAAAGCUGUUGUUACUCACAGCAGUGGAAACCAUGGUCAGGCUCUCUCCUAUGCUGCCAAAUUGCAAGGGAUUCCUGCUUAUAUUGUAGUGCCCGAAACAGCUCCCACCUGUAAAAAAUUGGCAAUACAAGGCUAUGGAGCCUCUAUAGUAUACAGUGAACAAAGCGAGGAGUCCAGAGAAAAUGUUACAAAAAGAAUUGUGGAAGAAACAGAAGGCAUCAUGGUACAUCCCAACCAGGAGCCUGCAGUGAUAGCUGGGCAAGGGACAAUUGCCAUGGAAGUCCUAAACCAGGUUCCCUUGGUAGAUGCACUGGUGGUACCUGUAGGAGGAGGAGGAAUGGUUGCUGGAAUAGCAAUUACAGUUAAGGCUCUGAGACCUAGUGUCAAGGUAUAUGCUGCUGAACCCUUGAAUGCAAAUGACUGCUACCAGUCCAAACUGAAAGGGGAACUGACCCCCAAUCCCUAUCCUCCAGAAACCAUAGCAGAUGGUGUCAGAUCCAGCAUUGGCUUAAACACCUGGCCUAUUAUAAGGGACCUCGUGGAUGACGUCUUCACUGUCACGGAGGAUGAAAUUAAGUAUGCAACCCAGCUGGUGUGGGAGAGGAUGAAAUUGCUUAUUGAACCUACAGCUGGUGUUGGAGUGGCCGCUGUGCUGUCUCAGCAUUUUCAAACAGUUUCCGCAGAAGUAAAGAACAUUUGUAUUGUGCUCAGUGGUGGAAAUGUAGACUUAACUUCCCUAACUUGGGUGAAGCAGGCUGAAAAGCCAGCUCUUUAGCAAUCUGUUUCUGUUUAAUAUGUGCAAAAGGAAGAAAAGGGAUUCAGUUGUCUAGACACUUGGAAA